UAACUGCGAGUUACAUUUCAGGCUCAAGAACUUCGUUACAUUUUUCACACGCUAACUUGUAACGAGUUGUUCUUAACGGAGGCCACGGCAGUUUCUCUUACUGAGAGGCGUGCUUGGCCCACCCUGACACAAAAGGAAUAGGACAAGUCUACUACUACUACUACUAGCAUAGUACAGCCAAUCGUUUUUUGUUUGUUUUUUUCACUUCCAAUCGUUUCAAGAUGGCGACGUCCAGUCAAGUUGUUGAUGACUUGGAAAGUUCGUUUCAGGCAUGCUUGGCUGCGGUGACUAAUCCGGACUACUUUUACGUUAGAGAUUCUGAGGAAGUCAAAACAGGUGUUGAACAGACAAUCCAGAGGUUCUUAGACCUUGCUAAACAGAUGGAGUGCUUCUUUCUUCAGAAACGGCUUGUCCUAUCAGCCCAAAAACCCGAGCAAAUGGUCAUGGAGGACAACACAGAGCUGAAAAAUGAGCUCAUGCGCAAGGCCCAGCUGCUUCACAAGUACCAUGAAAAGAUCCACUUCUGGCAGAGCCUCCUCAACGACAAUGGCCAACAGCAGCAGCAACAGCAGCAGUCGUCCCUCUUAGGGCCACUCGCGUACCUCGAGCGCACCACUUCCAACAUUGGCAUGCCCAGAUGAAAUAAAAUCAGUUGUUGGCCACUUGGA